AUCUGUGACCGAGAGUGGUUUGUGAUUUUUAAUGUUUUGCUCUACUUGAAUAAUUUUUAACUUUGUAACACUUUGACAUAGUUUUCCUCUUUAAAGAUUUAAUCAUUUCUUUCUUGUUAUUAUUUGCUUGGAAAGAAGUAUUAUACGUCUUUUGAAUUGAGGAAAAAUAUCGUAACAAACGAAACUUGGAGCUUGAGGAUGGCUGUUUCAAGCAAUAUUCCAGUUUCAGAAAUUUUAAGAAGCAAGAGCACCUCAGAGGAUGAACCGAAAAAGAAAUCACGUGAAGACUGGCGAAAAGCUAAGGAGCUUGAAGAAGCUCGAAAAGCAGGUACAGCACCAGCAGCUGUAGAUGAGGAAGGCAAGGACAUCAAUCCACACAUCCCGCAAUAUAUCUCGUCGGCACCAUGGUACUUCGGCUCCAGCGGCCCGACGCUCAAGCAUCAGCGAAUCCAGGAGGAUAUGGUCAAGGCACCGACACGCAUCGACUUGGCUUAUCACCGGGGAGUCACCCAACAAGUGUCGACGAAAUACCGGAAAGGCGCGUGCGAGAAUUGCGGGGCGAUGACUCACAAGAAGAAGGACUGCAUGGAGCGGCCGCGCAAGGUGGGCGCCAAGUUCACGGGGGCCGCCCUGGCCGCCGACGAGUUCAUCCAGCCGGAGUAUGACCGCGACUACGACUCGAAGCGCGACCGCUGGGUGGGCUACGACCCCGCCAACCACCGCACCAUCGUCGACCAGUAUCAUCGCAUUGAGGAGGCCAAACGGCAGCUGCGCGCCGAAAAGCUCAAUGCCGAGAAAGGAGAUGGUGACGCCAAGGAUGUGGAAUUGGACGAGGACAAGUACGUGGACGAGGUGGACAUGCCGGGCACCAAGGUUGACAGCAAGCAGCGCAUCACAGUGCGCAACCUGCGCAUACGCGAGGACACGGCCAAGUAUCUGCGCAACCUCGACCCCAACUCGGCCUACUACGACCCCAAGACCCGCUCCAUGAGGGACAACCCCAACGAAAACACCAGUGCCGCCUCCAAUGAAGAUGUGGAUUACGCAGGCGAGAACUUUGUCCGGUUCACGGGCGACACGCGCAAGCACGCGAAGGCACAGCUGUUCGCGUGGGAGGCGUACGAGAAGGGUGUGGACGUGCAUUUGCUGGCCGAGCCGACCAAGCUGGAGAUGCUCAAGGCCGAGUACGAGGGCAAGAAGGAGCAGUUCAAGCGUCGAGUGCAGGCCAGUGUGCUCGAGCGCUACGGAGGCGCCGAACACCUCGACGCGCCGCCUCGCGAACUCCUGCUCGCCCAGACCGAGGACUAUGUCGAGUACUCCCGCUACGGAAAAGUUAUCAAGGUAAGUCAGCUUUUUCUCAAGCUAAACAUAUUAAUAGCGGCAAACUUGAAGCCGGAAUCGUAUUGUACUGGAGAGGCUGGUAAGCAAACUUCGGACUGUACCGGUCAGCCUAGCACAAGCUCGACGAGUCAUGCGGACUCGACGCCGUUCGUGUGGGCCAAACUGGAGCAGAGCAGGGCUCCACCCCCCGCCCCUCCCACCUCAUCCUCUUCUUCUUCCUCUUCUUCAUCUUCUUCGUCGUCAUCUGAGAGUGAAAGUGACAGCGAAUCUAAGAAGAAGAAGAAGAAGGAUAAGAAACAAAAGAAGAAUAAGAAGAAAACAAAGAAACAGAAGAAAGUGAAAAACUUGAAAAAGAAGGACAUUUCGGAAGAAGAAAAGUUGAAAAUUGCAUUGAAGGAGGAAGAGGAGAGGAAUCGUGAAGCUGACCGGCUACUGCGUAUGGACGAACGCAAGCGGCCCUACAACAGCAUGUUCGAAGUCAAGAAACCGACAGACGAGGAAAUGGAAGCCUACAUGAUGAAGAGGCGGCGAGCGGAAGAUCCGAUGGCUCAUUUCACCUGAAUUGUCAACUACUUACAGUGUAACAGUGGAAAGUGCAUCAAGUACAAAUAGUGUCAAUUUUAAAACAUUUAUUUAUAAUUUGAUUUGAUGACAUUAUAUACAAUGCUGGGUCAUCUGAUGCGAGGUUAUCUUACUUGGUCAUCUUUAUCUUAUAAUUGACAUUGACUGUAGUUAUUGGAAACUGAUAUUAUAUUUGAUCGGUAUCAAUGCUUAGUGAGUGGCCUCACUAGAGAAUAGUAAUUAUUUGUAAAAUUAAAAUCUAUGAUAAAUCAGAGUGAUAAAUGAAUGUAUAGAUUCGAAUUUUGUAUAUUUUAUCUUGUAAAUAGAGUUGAAUUAUUUAUGUAACAAAUUUUAAGUCUUGAAAUUAUGUAAGUUAGAAUUAGAUUUACCAGUAACAUAAAUUACGAUCUUAGAAGAGAAUAAAAUUGGCUUCAAUUCUUUUCAA